CCUGCCUCUCGUCGCGGCAUUCUUUCUCCUUGUUUCUCCUCCGAACCGUUUUCUCGCGAACGAACGAAGGCUGAUUCGGUGGGAAAGUAGAGGGGGCUCGUAUAUACAACGCGAGAAAUCCGACACCCUGGCAUCCUCUGUGGACGUUUAUCGAAUUGAUUCAACGGAAGAUGCACAGAUGGAAUUUUUGGUGAAGGAAAGUGAGGAAGAAUCUCUGCGUGAAGACAAGUGAUGGCGAGAUGAGGAGGCGCGACGUCGCAAUAGAAGGGAAGACGCGGCUGUGAAGCCCGGAUAAGCGUGCACGUUGUGUGUCGAGGGACGUUCACACGCGCGACUCCAUCGGUUGCCAAGCCGAUUCUCCUCGCACCAGGCGACGAGAACUUCGUACCUAAGCCUGUCGUUCAACGUGGCUGAUCCUUGGACAUGGUGAGGGGUGAUGUGCCGGCGGUUGCUGCUGAUCGCAGCCGCGAUCACGGCCUCGAUCGAGGCUGGCUCCGCUAGUUACCAUCCAGGAAUCUCGUCAGACUAUUCUGGAUAUCCCGGCUUCCCGAUCUAUCCAGGCCUGACGUCGCCCGAAUCCUCGUCGGGCGCCACAGCUACAACACCGACAUCGAGUCUGGAAAAUGUUUGCAGGCCAUCCGAGUAUCUAUGCGGGACCGGAAACUGCGUCGCCCAGGACAAAUACUGCGACGGCGAAGAUGAUUGCGGCGACAACACCGACGAGCCGAAAUAUUGCACCCCGUGCAACAGAACAUUGUACGGAGACGUCGGUCGGACCUACAGNNNGGAAGUCCGCCGGCCGAGGGAGGAUCGACUGCCGUUCUUGUGUCAUCUCAACUUCACUGCCGCCGGCUCCGAUCUGGGGGACCUAGUUCAGUUAACAUUCGACACGUUCACCGUGGGUCGAUUUUUAUCCUUCACGUCCGAAGGAUGCCCGGAUGGUUACAUGAGCAUACGGGAGAGAGGUCGUCCAGCGACUGGAGGUCAAUGGUGCGGAAGCGCAUGGGGUUACACCGUGUAUUACAGCGAAACACCUUCCAUCAACUUAACUUUGUAUUUGCUCCGUCUAGCCGAGCAGGGUAGCGGUUAUAAUUUCGACUUCAAGUUGUCGUACAAGUUUCUGAGACGAAGCGAGGCCCACCUCAGGUACGGGAACAGUAGCAUGUCCACGUGGCGGGGGGAGCUAGUGAACGGGACGUAUUGCGAUCGUGUUCUCACCAAGUGCGACACGCGAGCCUGUCGACUUCAAUCGCCGAAUUACCCGGGUGUUUACCCGAGAAACGUCACUUGCUAUUACCGUGUGGAGCAAAAUCGUGCACCACCAGGUCAUCGGGCGUUGCUCGCAGUGAGUCAGCGGAAUAGCCACAAGAUACACAUCAAAGACCAGGUCGUCAAGUACGAUGGUAGCCAAAGGAUAUUAAGAGUUUGGGAUCAAUGCAACGUUGUGCAAGAUUACUUGACGGUUUACGACGGCGGCUCAACCUCCGAUAAGGUGCUUGUACGACUUUGUGGAGGUGACGCGGUGCCAGAUAUAGUGAGCAGUCACAACACGAUGCUUCUCGAGUUUCACACGUCACCGUACGACAAUCCCUUUCAUCCCGUUCCUUUGUCGUUUUUGCCCGGUUUCGAGCUCGAGGUUCAGGUGUUGUUCGUGGACGAGAAAUCCCGUAGCUUCGUCAAGGAGAACAACAAUUGUGACUUUUAUAUAUCGAGCGACGAAAGUUCGUCGGGCAUCUUGGAAAACCCGAAACAUUCCCUGCCUCCGAACACAACUUGUCGAUAUCAUUUCCAAGGGAAACCGAACGAGAUCGUUUGGUUGUCUUUCGUCAAGUAUUAUGCUGCCAGUGCCGACGCCGCCGCGAGUAUCGACGUUGCCUCCGACUGCAAUGCGAAACUUUUCAUUUGGGACGGCGAUCGCACGCUAGAUAAAUUAAUUCCUAUACGUAAGAAUAUUACCCUGAUGGGCCAGUUCUGCAAAGACGACACACCACGUCUCUGCGACCACAGCUUGUUGCGGAACGGAAGUCGUCACGCGAGGCCUUGCAGCCUCGCUGAGAGUUACGUUUCCAGCGGCAGAGACCUCACCCUGGAGCACAUACUGCGUCAAGGAAGUGCACUUUAUCCGAUAAGCUUUGUACUGCGAUACGAGUUCGUGCACGAGGCGGUUUCUUGUAACCACGUGUUCGGCUCCUCGUCAACCUCAUCCACGUCUUCCACGUCCUCCUCUUCGUCCUCCUCCACUCUGCUCUCACCCCCUGCCAAAGCAGGGAAAUUCGCGUCGCCGAAAAGUGUAUUCUUUUAUGGCCGUGGCGGUGCGCAGAACGUUAGCUGUGUAUAUCGUUUCGAGGCCGAGCCGGAUCACAGGAUAGAACUGUCGAUAAGUAAGGCCUCGUUUGGGGAUAAAGGAUGUUCCUCUUAUGUGGAUCCGUUGGUCAAUAGAUGGACUUGCGAUCGACGCAUAGGGGAUUCCACGAGGCUCGGCGUCGCGGAGUUGAUCGUUGCCGAGUAUCCUUGGCAGGGAGUGGAGUUGAUUCGAGAUUGCCUGUGUUCGAACGUGAGCGACAGGAUCGUCCUGAGAACGUUGACAUCAAAUGUGGUCGAGGUCCGAUUCACGGUUUCCUUGAUGAACGUCACGCAGGAUUACAGGGAUUUUUACUUCGAGGGAGAAUAUCGUUUCGUUGCGCUGGGGGCGGAGACGAGUGAGCAAGGUUGCUCGACGAAGCUCGAGGAGCGACGGUUACGAGGGACCAGUGGUGAAAUUUCCCUCAGAAGUCCGUUACCGCGAGUAAUUCCCGGUGUUGCCGCCGUGGAAGAAAUUCUAACCAACACGGAAGAUCUGACCGCGACCCAAUGUGUGAACGAACCUUGGUUAAUAGAACCGGAGGACGCGCGAAUUAAUUAUUUGUAUUUAAGAACGGCUGGGUACGGUAUCACAUUGGAUAACGUCGAGGAAUGCACGACAUUGAAUAGAAUUGUCGUUUAUUCGGCGGCCAACACGAAGGAUCGUAGUGUAAUUUGUCCCGAGGUAGGUGUCGACACUGCAAGAACGGUGGAUUUUUUCUCUGGUGGUUGGAACUAUAGCGCCAUUAACGCUACUGUCGCCAUGACGCAACACUCGAGGAGCUUCGUCGUCGAAUUCCUUCAAAGGGAGCCUGGAUUUUAUGCCGUCACUUGGAUGGCUAUUUCUAAAAGAUCUCCGAGUUCUAGCAUCGGGCCUAAUGUCUUCACGAUACUGCCUCACGAGGAUUGUCCUUAUCGGUGCCCCGAAAUUCAGGCGUGUAUAAGUUCUGUUUUAUGGUGCGAUGGGAUCCGUCAUUGCCCUUCCGGUUUCGACGAGGAAGAAACCAAUUGUUCGUACCGUUUCGGUGUAACAUUACUCUACGUGGCCGUAGGAGCUGGUGCUUUAGGUAUAUUUCUGAUCCUGUUGCUUGCUACUGGUUGCCUCAAGUACUGCCUCUAUCGACAUAAAGCUCGAAAGAAAAAAAAGAAUGUCGUUUUGAACGUGAACCAUCUCCAUGUGAAUCACACUCAUCAUAAUAAUGGUUUAACCGGAAGUCGUUUAAGCGGACGAUAUAAUCUUGCCACGCCACAAGAAAUGUAUUUGGAAAAUUAUGGGAAGGACAGUAUUUGUUGACAAUACGCCAUUGCCAAUAUCGAGACCACCGUGUGAAUAUUACAGGAUUUUUAAAAUAUGCCUACCUCGCUGGCCUCUGAUCCCCCUCCCCUCCCGCGGAAAAAAUGAAAGCAAACGACGAAAUAAUUGAUCGAAUAUUUCCCCAUUGGAUAGCGCAUACGCGCGAGAAAAACAUAUACGCAAUAAUCGUACUAAAUUCUCGUAGACCAAUUUGAAGGCAUUUAACAAAAGAAAUGGAUUCUGAGUUGUAUCGAAGUUUCGAGCACGAUCUACGCUUUGUCUUAAAUAUUUAAUUUUAGACGAGAGGAAGAAACGUCACUUUUGAUGACGUCUUUUAGAUUUUAAAUUGGAAUACUAAGAGGUUUCGAAUUUCACAGCAUAUUAACUAAUAGACAAAGAAUGGAUCGAAUCGAUGAAAAAAUUCGUGCUGCUCGAAUAAAUCGUGUAUAUGGUUUCCAUGGAAAAACCGUGGUAUCACAGUAGCACUAGGAACACACGUUUUUAGGUUAAAGUAAUGCGUGAUUAUGAAAAAGAGAGAAAGAGAGAAAGAGAGAGAGAGAGAGAAAGAGAGAAAUGAAAAAGAACAUACAGAGCAUGAAAGAUUAUACUACGAAGAAAAAAUGAGCAUGGCUGAUGCGUACGAAUAUAUGCUUUUAAAACGAAGUAGGAAUCUGUAAUUUGCAUCGAGAAAAAAAGAGAAAAUUUUUAUCACAGUCGGUUGCUGGGAAACGAGUGUUACAAACGUCCACGACGAGAAACGACGCAGAACUGAAUUGGCGGGAAAAAGAGGGAACUGAAAAUAGUGGCCAGUAUAAAAUCCGAUUGAAUGAAUCCUAUACAUAUAAAUCGCAUGUGAACAUCGGGGGAAAACGAAACGGAACUACUGUGAUUUAUUGAAAAAGAAAUUUAAAAAAAAAA